AUGGCUAAUAUUCGCAAGCAUCAAUUCCGUAACGAUAAUUUGCGCAUAGAAGCGCUAACACAUAAAUCAUACCACUACGAAAAUCCAAAUACUGGUCCACACAACGAACGACUGGAAUUCUUGGGCGACUCGAUUGUGUCUUUUGUCGUUGCAAAUUUCUUAUACACCCGUUUUCCACUUUUUAAAGAAGGUCAGCUCACCUUAAUGCGUGCAAAUUUAGUUUGCAAAAAAUCGUUGGCUCGUUUCGCGCUUCAACUUGACCUCGACAAAGAAUUGUUGCUUGGUGUUGGUGCAUUGAGGGACGGCGGACGUGAAAGUGAAAAAGUGCUCGAGGAUGCUUUCGAAGCGUAUAUUGGAGCGGUGUUUCUAGAUUCUGGCUCUAAAAUGUCCACUAUUCAAGCCUUUAUGGAACCAAUUCUUUUGCCCGCCAUCGAGGAAUUGACUCGCUCGACAUCACCAGUGCCUCCAAAUAAUGGUCCACAAUCCUCCAGAAAAGACCAAUCUUCUACCAAUGAACUCGCUAACCACUCUAAUUCCAACACCAGUAAUGGUAACAGCAAUAAUAACGCUCCUAAUUAUAAUAUGUAUCUACCAACGGAUUUGGAUCUUUCGGCCGAUUUACAGGAUCCCAUUAAUAAACUUCAGACGUGGUCGCAACGAAAAGGAUUGGGCAUACCAGAGUACAAAGAAAUCGGUGAAUCUUGCAAUGAUCAUAAUGCUACUUUCACUGUUGGUGUAAAUGUCAGCGGGAAAAUAAUGGGUCAUGGGAGAGCGAGAAACAAAAAAGACGCGAAAAAAGAGGCAGCAAUGAAUGCACUUCGUUUUAUCAAUACCGGUGUUGCACCCGAAGUUUGUCAAACUAUGGCACCUUCCGGUUCUCGUAUUAAUACUUUGGAUCUUCCCGGACCGAUUCGCACAUAUAAUUAA